AUUUUGUGCUUCGAAGCUCUUCGAUCAGCUAAUUCUGCUGUCAUGGUCAAAAGCCUCAGCUUCUGCUCAUUAUAACUACGAACAUUCAAUAACGAUGCAGAAAAUAGCAAAAUUCUUCGUUUACAUUGGAAGAUUUAUGCUUGUAGCAUCACUGGUCGCACAGGCAGUUAUCUUCUCCAUGUACCCAAGCAUCUACUACAAGAAAGAAUCGUUUGUUUCUUUGAUUGUCCUCGUGUUGCCAACUCUGAUUGCGUAUGGUGUCAUUUCCUAUAAUUCUGAUGAUAAACCGACUUUAAACAGGCUAUGGAUCGUAUGGGGUUUCUAUGUGUCUACUUUUCUAAUCCCAAUGGUUGGCCUCAUAUUUGGCGGCUUAAGAGAGAAUCUAGACAAGAACCAGUUUUUUGGGCCAAACAUUUUGAAGAUAACGAUGUGUGGAUCCGCUUUGAUUGCUCUUCUACUGGUCUCAACGAGUUUAACGACCAAGUCGGAUGAUCAAAACAAAGAAAAAUACAAGGAUCUCAUGAUACGUCUAUGCUGGGAUAUAGCCAUGGAUUUAUUUGAUGACAUCGAAAUGCUGGAAAUGAUUUUGCCUCAAAAGGAAUCGCUAUCCAUCCCACUUGCAUUGGAUGCUAUCAUCAUUAUGUGUGUAUUUUUGAGCUUUAUUUUUUCGAUCUUCGAAACAUACGAACAAGCACUAACCGUAGAAGACCCAUCUAAAAGCUAUAUUCAUGUAUGUCGACUUGGUAUUCAGAUGUUAUUGGUAAACGUAGUACUGCUUGUUAUUCGUUUGCUUUUGUGGCUCAGAUACAAACACGAUGCAUCUAUUUUCAUUGCAAAAAACGCCAUGAAAAUUUGGAUUUCCAUCUUGGAAAUUCUGAAACACUUUGGCUUUUAUGAUGACGAGGCAAUUAAAGGAAGAAAACGCGAAGGAAAUCAAAAUAACGCGCAAAUGCCCAAUGAUCAACCAAGAAGGGACAACCUCGGCAUGGGAGUACCUUACCAAGAUGAUAUAAACAUUUAGGCACUGCCUAAAAGCGGAGCUCCCGAUACGCAAUUCACAGGGAGCCCAAUUUAAAUGAAUCUGUAAGGUAAAAUGAAA